UAAUUUUGCGGAGUGCCGAUUGAAAAAUAUAAAAAGUGCAAGUGUAUUGAUCUUUAAAAUAGAUCUUAUUACAGCAGAUGAAAUCACGUACUAAAUUUUGGUUUAAAAAAUAAACUUUGGGACCGAAAUAGAAAUUUUAAAAUAAAUUGAUUUUAAAAGUUUAAUUAUCCUUGACGAGUCCGCAUGCGCGCGGGCCGCGAUGGAGAUAAAAGUAAAACUGAAACUUCAUUGUAGUUUACAAAGUAACACUCGGUAGGCGUAACUUUUAUUAUUUUGGGUCAUUUCUAAAUUUGUGUUACCCAUUUUACGUAAUUAAAUCGGAUUUAUAACAAUGUCAAAAUUAAACGAUAGACAAAGCUACUCGCAAACGUACAAAUUAGUGAUUGUGGGUGGUGGAGGUGUUGGAAAAUCUGCAAUUACUUUACAGUUCAUUCAGAGUUAUUUCGUGACCGACUACGACCCAACGAUCGAAGAUUCGUACACGAAACAAUGCGUAAUCGACGAUGUGCCUGCAAAGUUGGACAUUUUAGACACUGCAGGUCAGGAGGAAUUCAGCGCUAUGCGAGAACAGUACAUGAGAUCGGGUGAAGGCUUUCUAUUAGUAUUUUCGGUAACGGAACGUUCGAGCUUCGACGAGAUCUUUAAAUUUCACAAACAAAUCUUAAGGGUAAAAGAUCGAGAUGAGUUUCCAAUGCUUAUGGUCGGAAAUAAGGUCGAUCUGGAACACCAACGAGUGGUCUGGCAGGAGGAAGCGCAAGCGUUGGCCCGACAACUCAAAAUUCCUUAUAUGGAAUGUAGCGCGAAGAUGAGAAUGAACGUUGACAAUGCGUUUUACGAAUUAGUACGCGUAGUUCGUAAGUUUCAACUAUCGGAACGACCACCUCUUAAACCGAAUUACAGUAAAAAAAAUAAGAAAAAGUGCUGUGUGCUUUAAUUGUUUAGGUUUCGCUACUACUCUCAUAAUAAUUGCAUAUCCGUAUUUUUCUAACGAACAAUCUAGCUUUAAUUCUCUUACAUAGGCGUUUUCUUUCGGCCUGUGCAAAAACACUACAAUGAUUAAAUCACGAAUGGAGCUGAUUCAAGCCAAAGAAAUCGCUCAAAGUUCACGAUGCAGAUAAAGGCAGUAAGGACACUGUCCGUCAAUUUUUUGUGGUAACAGAGAGAAUUAAAUUAUUGUGUAUAUAGAAGCGGAUACUCAUUAUAAAAAUGGUGGUGUAGGUGUAGGUUAAGUGUUUUAUCAACGAGUUGCUCUGUCCAUACUGCCUUUAACUGUAGGUACUGGGUUUCGGUGCUUGAUACAAUUGACGACGAUUAUAAUGGAUCAGUCUGUUUGGUAAAUCAUUCUGUAAAUAUUUCGUAUCAAAACCAUCAAAAAGUGGCUCAAUUUGCUUUUUGAUGUUUGACGGUUGGAGUUUUAAUUUACUCUUGCAGUGCCAUGCUGGUCUAUGGGGCUGCAGGGUGCCAGUUUCGGUUCGUGUUCGUGAAGAAGACUCAUGGAAAGAUUAGUCCUCUACAAUUUAUCUUUGAUAAAUUCUUUUUUCAGUUUGCUUUUAAUUUAAUUUUUAAUGUUAGUUUUUGAACGUCACGCAUUUAUAAUCAAAAUAUCCACAGUUCACCAAUGGAACCUUUUCUAAAGGGCAACCAGCUCCAGAUAAAUAGCAACAGCAGUAUAGAAAAAAAUUAUGAUUGGGGUUGCAUAAGACAUCUUUGAAAUUUAAAUCUGUCAAAAACAGUUAAACAUAGGCUCUCAUUGUAUGUAGAAUUUUACAUAGAAUCUAAGUGUAAGAAAUCUUUGAGAUAUGGCUAGGGCAUUUGUCAUGGGCCACCCUCUAUAAUUGCUUUAAUGACAUAUCUGGGGAGUGUGUGAUGUGACAAUACAUGAAAGUACUGAUUUUUUUCCUAUACAUAUAAAUAAAGUAGUUUUGGGAAUAAACAAAUCGAUACUGGAUGUCCUUUUCAAGAAAUUAUUUCUUAAGUGGAUAAUACACAGGGUGUAUCCCCUGACAGUAUGUGAAAUUGCUGUUUCCCAUUGUGAGAUUAUUAAACCGGUUCUCCUUUAGUUCUGUACAUUAUACUAGGAAGAUGUACCAAACAGAUCGCUUACUUUAACGCUCAUUUUAUCAUGUUGGCAAAGAUUAUUUUUAUAUUAUCUGUUUUGCAUUGCCAAAUAACAGAUUGGUGUACUAAAGCUUUAAAUAAUGUUAAUGUUUUUUAUUUUUAUUGCUUAGAUAUAAUUAAGAUAUAUCAUAUAAUAAGCAUAUGUUUUAAAUGUAACGUUGUUGUGCAUUCCUUUAAAAAAAUUACUAUUUUUUCUGCUGUUAAUUAUCGUGCCAAGGCAAUGUUAUGUUAUAACACUGCUUUCUCCGCAAGAAGCUUUACAUCAAAAUAGCUUUAAGAGAAAGUCAUCGGCCACUUGCCACAAAUAGUCAAAUAAUUGAUCUCCGAUAAUUUACACUUGCCCUGUCAUUUUUUUUACAUUAAUGUUUGACAACUUUCGCAAGUGGUCUUAUAGCGUAGUUAAUUCCUUUAAAAUAGUGCCUCUAUUAUAGUUUUUACUUGAGUAAUUUAGAGUGAACAAACACCAAGUUUAUUUUUAUAAAGAAAUUGUAUUUCGCCUUACUUAUUAUCGUAUCUUGUAUUAUUCGAACAUAUAAAAUGUGUAAGGCUGUCUUAGAAUUUAACGAACAUUGUCUUAAUGUGCAACACCAACUCACAUUUUUAUGUGUAGUGUCAUUUGACGCACUGACGUCGGCGCAUAGGUAGAGAACUAAACUUUGACACAGCCGAUAUCUUAGGAUUCAACGGUUUAGUUCUCGGUAUGCUAAUUUUUUAUAGCUGAAAAAGUAUCUUUCUAGUGUUAGUAUUUAUUUAUUUAUUACAAUAAUUGAUUUAUUCAAAUUUUUGGGUGAGCAGACAUUGUAAUUUUGUUUAUUUCUAAAUUUUUACAGGCCAUCUUUGAAUCUCUUGUGUAUUGAAAAGGUGGCCCCUAGUAAAAUAGCAAAGUGGUACACUGCCAAGAUAGAUUUAUGUCAACUGCCCGUUACUUAGGUAGUUAGAUAUACUAAUUGUCAAUUAAAAUUUAAUUCUAAGGUCUUUAUAGUAAAUGCUUGAAAUACUAACAUAGAAAGUAAGAGUAUUGAACUUGUUUCUUGCAUCGGUCUACUAUUCAGGCAGCUGUUUAAAUUGUCCUCCUUUACUAAUGUUGACAAUAUUAAUCAAUUAAUUUAUUGUUUGUAAGUGUAUAUAAAAGUAGUAUAUGUGCCAUAAUUUUAAGCAUGGUCAUUGUUAUUUCAGGUUGCGGUGUGUGGAAUACCUGUGAUAUGGAAUGUUGUUGAUCAUAUGACAGAUAUAAGCAUUUAUAUUCACACACAGUCUACCUAAUAGUUACAUUAUUACCAUCCUUUCAUAAGGUUGAGUGCUACAGUGUAUGUGUGAAUACUAACUAAUGAUUACAGUAUAUCGUCUACUUUAAUUUAUUGACACAAAUCUACCAACAGUGAAGCUAAUAAAAAGUACAAAUGGCUUUAUGUCUGUGAAUGUUAAGCAAUAGUUGUAACAGUCUUGUAUUGCGCAAACUAAUUUUAGUUUUUGUUUAUAUAUACUUGUAAAGCAUCACAAUUAUAUAGAUAUGAAUGAUGCAUUA